AUGACGUGCCCCCGGCUGCAGAACCGGCCGACACUUCUGUGCGACAUCAUCGAGGACAAGCGUCUACCGUUCCCGGCCUGCUGCCCACGCAUGAUCUGCCAGCGCCACAAGAAGCAGCCACCGCCAACGCAGACGCAGCUCAAGCCCUUCACACCGCACGUCAGCGUCGACAAGGAACUGCGCAAGAUACCGUUCGUCCUCAAAAGGUUCCUAGAGGUACAGAACACCACGCUGCUGGACGCCAUCAUCCUCAACCGCAUCAAGGCCCUCGAAGCCGCCGCAGUCAACGCAAGUGCCGCCGCGAAUGGAACGGCAGGCGACGCAGCCUUCCGUGGACCUACGAGCCUGGACGACAUGGUGGAGGCGGCUCUACUAACCACGCAGGGUCCUGGUGUCACGACGCAGGACACCACGCCUUUUGGAACCACAGACGGCGCCAUCACAACGACGUCACCUGUGCAAACAACGCCGACCGAGUCGCCAGUCGAGAUCAUACGUGGAACUGGCUUCCAGAGUGACUCCUUGCAACAAGAGCCGCGAAAAAGCGUGACGGUGCCGUCUGUCGGCAUCGAAGAUGACGACGAACUUUUCCUGAACGACGCUCCCGUGGUUCCAUCGUCGGAAGCAGAGUCAACCACAAGAGUUCCGGAGACUCCCAAGACUACCACGACAGCCAAACAGCAGUUCCCCGAGGAGGUUACCGAGCUGACCCGGACAGCCGUAUUCGCCUCCGACCGCACGAACAAGCCUGCAGCGACCGUCACGACUGAACCGCCCAGAAGCGAACCGUCUACGGAGAUCUACGACGAAACGACGACCAGAUCGCUCGGCCUCACUGUCCCCGAGUCCAUCUUUGGAACCACAUCAUCGCCUUCGGCAGAGCUGCUGCUUGAAACUACGCCUGCACCCCCUACGACAACCGAGAGGACCGAACAGACCACGAUGAAAGAGGCGCAAGGUGAUGCCGGAAAGAAGAGCGGUAACUUGCCGACCAUUCUCAGGUCUCUUGUAGACAACGUGUUCGACUACUACGAUUACAUCGACUACUACGUUCCAGGCCAAAAGCGCAACCUGACAACGCCGGCUCAAGAAAAGCCCGGCGACCGGCGGAGGAUCCCAGAGUCCAUGAUGGCACUGGUCAAGGAGCAGCUAAACAAGCAGAAAGACACAAAUGAGUCGUCCUUAUUCGUCGAGGACCUUCAGGCGGAUCAGCCCGCACCAAAAGACGAUCCAGAAUCCACCACGCCGGACCCGGACAACCAAGAGUUCCAGAAAGAACUAGUCACAAAGAUGGCCGUGGACAUUCCUCGUGUGACGAAGCAAAAUGUUCAGGACACGACGACCGCAUUCGCUAGAACAGAGACGGCGACACAAGAAGCCACUCGCGCGGACGUCGCAUUCACCACUGCAGCUACGCCCACCGAGGCGACCAGCACCGCCACAACGAGCAAACAGAUCACUGACUCGACGGUCGAGGGCAGCACGGCCACAACCACCCAAUCUACGGGACAAGACACGACUCUUACGCUGGUCAAAAGUGUCGGAACACAGUCGCGAGCUAAAGUGAACCUGGCAAUCGAGAAUCUUUCUUCCGAAAAACCCGAGGAUAGGACGGCGACUGGUGUUCCUGCGUCAACGGUUACAACUUCGGCAGUUCCGCAGUCUACCUUGACACCAACAACCCUGAGCAGGACCACAACUGUACCUACCACUCUGUCUACGCCAGCCUCAACACAAGAGGUGACGACAGCCGCAGUCACAACGACGAGGACAACGGCUCCACCGGAAACGUCCCGCCAGCCAGAGACAACGCAGUCUGCAACUCGCUCUUACCAAACCGUAGGAGAGACCGAGACCGUCUUCGUCGGCACGACCAACGCCAACGCACCCGGAACCACGUCCGCAGUGACGACGACGUCUACUCCAAGGGGAACAGAGACAUCUACAACACCAUCAACAACUAUCGUUCAGCAGACUACUACGACGACGAGAAAUGUUGAAACGACAAGACCCGUCACGACAACGAAAACCGCCGGCACGACAACGACCGGCACCCGCCAACCGCAGACUGUGACGACGACGACAGGGUCGAGAGCAAGUUCGGAUGUCACCGAAACGACUCCACAGGUUCAAACGACGAUUCAAACACAGCCCCUCCUGUCCGGACGUAACGACACUAUCCCUCUGCUCACGAGUCCAGAGCCCGCUACUGCUAGCGUCACGGCACCAGCCACACCUACCACUCCACCCUCUGCGCCAACCAGGACUUCCGACAGGUCUCUCGAUGGAGGCCCGAACACGGUGCGGGUGAACGUGCUGCAAAAGGACGGCGCCCAACAACAAAGGUCGGGUAACACCACGACCAAAGGCCAGCCCACGCCGCCGACCAACAACAACGACGUCGAGUACAUUGACUAUGUCUAUUACUACGACUACAUCGACACUCCCGACAACUCGACGGCUAACGGUACCGCCUCCUCCUCCACGAAUAGCACUGGAACCCGGCUGACCAAACUGUCAAAGGCCGCAAAAUGAACGUGACACUGGCUGGUGAAAUGAUGAGGCUAUAGAUGAACUGUUUCUUGUUUCUAUUUAAAUGAGAUCCUGAAUGAGUUAUUGGAUGAAAAGGUGUUAGAAGUCACCUCCCGAGGAUGGAAAGUCGACUAAGAACUUUGUCUAGUCGGCAGGCAAAUUAAAGACGCGUUUUUUUUUUUCUUCCGGUUGAGCACGCCAAUGGCCACGAACUGGAAUGGUGUAGCUGAAAUGGUUGGCAGCGUAAGUUUGUAUAGUGGUUGUUUGUGAUGCAUUUUUGCACUUCUCUGUUUUGUUUUCCCGUCUUUCUUUUGUUUCAUAUGGCCCACGUUAUGUUCAGGGCAUGGUUGUUCAAUGCCACUGCGCCAUGUUAGUUGUCGAGAGUUGAAGGAUGCAAGCUUCUAGGCACUCUGUAUGAUACUUGAAUAGAAAUUUGAUCCGACUGUCACGAAUGCCUAAGGCUAAGCGCAGUGCGGCCAGCUCGCCCGAAAGCUCGGCUUCUAAGGUAAGCAUGAUUUCGCAGCCAAGCAGGAG